AACCACAGCAAGCAGGGUCUGGGUGAAACUGGUUUGAGACAUAAAAGCUCAUGGGAUCGUUUCCCACAGGGCACAGGUCAAGUGUUGCCACUUGCAAACUGCAGGAUGUGUGUCAAAGCCAUCUCUUCUACAAGACUUGGUGCUGCUAGUUGAACAACCUCCUGGCCUUCAAAGCAUUGCUGAGAGAAAUAAAUACAGAAAAUAUACAGAAAAUAUUUACCACUUUUUGCUCAGUCACCUGAUGAAGAUUAGGAUUAACUGGGGUAAUACUGAGACUUGAUUCAGCUUUUCGUAAAAGAUGGUGUGGAUUUCCAUUUUUCCACUUUGAUCUCACCAAGUAUGUCUACACUACAUAUGUAAUACCAGUGUAGCCCAGAGAAACCCAAAUUAAUUUACCAUGUGACUGCCAUCUGCCCCCAGGUGCCACACAGCACCCACAGUUUACAGCCCACCAGAGGGAUCAUUCUGUUUGGGCUGAAUUCAGGAAGGAAAACACACCACAGGUCCAUUCCCUGCCAUUUACGUACUGUCCAGUUGUGUACAGGCAGAACAAAAUAGUCCUCCAGUAUUCCCUUGGCCUGCAGAGCAUGGCCAGAGACCCCUGCUUUCCCUCUGGGACACACAGAGCCUUCCACUGAUGCAUUCUCCUGGUUAUGCUCAGGAAAAAAAAUGUGUUUUCUUAAAACUGAAAAGCAGAGGCUGAUGAACCCCUGGUGUGCAACCACUGAACUGCUCCAGCAACUAAGGCAAUACAGGCAGCCUUAUUUGUGGUACAGGGCAAGUGAUAUUUCAGGGCAGACUGCUAAGGAGAAAAACAGCAAUAAAAGGAAUUAUGAGAUAACAGACUGCACAAAAGGUUGCCUUCAGAACAGGCCAGCAGAGACCAACUCAGAGGUGGACAAGUCAUCAUCACCCUCAGUGUCUCAGCUAGCAGGGAAAUUCAAAGAGCAAGCAGCCAGUAUUACUGGAAAAGAGGUACCAUCACAUAAGCCAACUCGGAGGAAACCACCAUGCUCCCUUCCAUUGUAUUCCCACAAAACUGAGACAAGUGACAAUGAUGAGCAAAGGCAGACUCCAAAUGCUUGCCCCGUUCCCAAGGUCAAGGUGAAAAGCUCCCCCAUGAUUGAAAAGCUGCAGGCCACUCUGGCUUUUGCUCCAGCUGCUCUGCUCCCGGGAGCAUCUCCCAAAAGUCCUGGUCUGAAAGCCCUGGUUUCUCCGUUCAGCACCCCUCCCUCGACGCCCAGCAGCUCCAGGGUUCAGUCCCAGCCCAGUGAAGCAAGUGAGGUGCCAGUCAGCUUUGAUCAACCCCCAGAAGGCACUCAGCUGCAGUUCUAUAACAAGGUGCGGACACGGGGAUUGAUAAAGCGCAGGCCCCCCUCCAGGAAGUUCCGACGAUCUCUGUCUGAGUAUGGAGAUGAGGAAGAUUUAGGGGUCAACAUCUCUCCAGAAAAUGGUGCCAAGGAAGAUGGGGAUGAGGUAUUUGGGCCCAAGGGCAAGACAGAGGAGGCAGAAACAGGGAGCAAAGAGCAAAAGAAACACACAGGGCCUGAUGGAAAGCCCCCAUCAAGGAGAGGAUCCAGCAGAUCAAAAGGUGAAGAAAAAGGAGAAAAACAGUCAGAGGAAAUGACUCCUUGCAAGAGUAAUGCAGGGGAUACAAAGGAGGAGGAAGAGUGUCACUGUGCCCCAGAGAACUCUCCCCAGCCUCCCUCUGGCAACAAGGAGGAGAAGGUGUGUGGGGGUCCCCAGGAAGAAGAGCAGCAAGCCUGUGAACAGGAAAAGGGGUACACAGAGAAGGAAGAAGCUGAAGCAAAGGAGACCAGUGAGAGCACAGACACAUGGAGAGAGUCAGAAGAAACACCACUGGCACUUGAACAGCUGCUGGGCAUGGUGGGUUUAGAGACUGGCAGUGAGCCUUCAAUGUCAGCUAUGCAGGACCAGGGCACAGUGUAACCAUGACACACAGGACAUACCCAAUCAGGGCACAGGAGACUUAACAUGCAAAUAGAAGCCAUCUAACUCAAUCAAGGUGGAAGUUACAA